AUGCGUGCGUGGGCCCCGCUCGGAGUGCUGGCCUCGCUGGCCUACUGCUUCCAUCAGCGGAGGGUGGCCGUGGCCGAGCCGCGCGGAGCCGGCGCCCGGCGUCCAGUGGACCGUCGCCGGCUGGAGCUGAAACUGGUCCAGGUGGUGUUUCGACACGGGGCCCGGAGCCCGCUCAAGCCGCUGCCGCUGGAGGAGCAGGUAGAGUGGAACCCCCAACUCUUAGAGGUUCCACCCCAAACACAGUUUGAUUACACAGUCACCAAUCUGGCUGGUGGCCCCAAACCACAUUCUCCUUACGACUCUCAAUACCAGAAGACCACCCUUAAGGGAGGCUUGUUUGCUGGGCAGCUGACCAAGGUGGGCAUGAAACAGAUGUUUGCCCUGGGAGAGAGACUGAGGAAGAAUUAUGUGGAAGACAUCCCUUUUCUUUCACCAAUCUUCAACCCAAAAGAGGUCUUCAUUCGGUCCACCAACAUGUACCGGAACCUGGAAUCUACUCGCUGCUUGCUGGCUGGGCUUUUCCAACGUCAGAAAGAAGGACCGAUCGUCAUCCACACGGACGAUGCAAGCUCUGAAGUCUUGUACCCCAACUACCAAAGCUGCUGGGUCCUGAGGGAGAGAAUCAGAGACCGGAAGAAGGCUGCCGCUCUGCAGCCAGAGAUCUCGGAGGAUUUGAAAAAGGUGAAGGCGGCGAUUGGCGUGGACAGUGGUGACGAAGUGGACUUCUUCGUUCUCCUAGACAACCUGGCUGCCGAGGAGGUACACAGCGUCCCAAGCUGCCCCGCGCUGAAGCGGUUUGCCCGGCUGAUCGAGCAGAGAGCUGUGGACACGGCCCUGUACCUCAUGCACCAGGAAGACAGGGAAGGUCUUCAGAUGUCAGUGGGCCCAUUCCUGCACAUCCUGGAGGGUAACCUGCUGAAGGCUGUGGACCCUGCCACCCCACCCGGCCAGCUCAGAAAGUUGUACCUCUAUGCGACUCACGACGUAACCCUCAUGCCUCUCCUAAUGGCCCUUGGGAUUUUCGACCACAAGUGGCCUCCAUUUGCUGCUGACCUGACCAUGGAACUUUACCAGCACCGAGAGUCUAAGGAGUGGUUUGUGCAGCUCUCUUACCACGGGGAGGAACAAGUGCCGAGAGGCUGCCCUGACAAGCUCUGUCCACUGGACCAGUUCUUGAACACCCUGUCAGCUUACACUGUAGACCCCCAAAAAUACCGCACACUCUGUUCCCAAGCACAGGCAAUGGAAGUUGGAAGUAGAGAGUGACUGACUUAUACAGACAAGUUGAUUUUGUCAUGUAUAUGUGUGUGUGUGUAUUUUUCAAGGUAGGGUCUCUAACCCAGGCUGACCUGGAACUCUGCGACUCCAUGGCUGGCCUCAGACUCCUCCUACCUCAGCCUCCCAAGCGCUGGGAUUAAAGGCCUGUGUGCCACCACGCCCGGUUUACAGAUUGAUGCUUAAAUAAAGUGCCUUUACGCAACGUC